CCUCCCGCGCCUCCACCUCUCCACCCGCCUCCACCAUGUCCUGCUGCGGCUCCUUCUCCUCCCUGAGCUGCGGGGGCGGCUGCCUGCAGCCCUGCUGCGGCCGCGACCCCUGCUGCUGCCGCCCCGUGUCCUGCCAGACCACCGUGUGCCGGCCCGUGAGCUGCGUGCCCCGCUACACGCGCCCCAUCGUCGAGCCCUGCCCCAGGCCCGUGUGCUGCGACCCCUGCGGCCUGCAGGAGGGCUGCUGCCGCCCCAUCACCUGCUGCCCGUCGUCGUGCACGGCCGUGGUGUGCCGGCCCUGCUGCUGGGCGUCCACCUGCUGCCAGCCGGUGAGCGUGCAGGCUCCCUGCUGCCGCCCUCCGUGCUGCCGGCCUGCGCCGUGCCGUGUGACCUGCAGGGGCCCCAGCCUUGACCCCUGCCGCUGCUGAGCCCCAGCCCCUCACACGGCAGCAGAAGAGGCCUGAGCAUUUGUCUGGCCUUUUAAUCAAGUGGAAAAAAAUUUUUUUCUCCGUGAAGUGACAGCAGUUUCACAUGCUACCACCCACACGAGAUCUUCGCCACCCUCCACCACACUCCCAGGGUCUGCAUCAGAUGUCACCAUGGAUGGGCCACGUAGGAUGAAAAGCCUCCAGAAUGGGCCUCGCAAACCCACCCUGAGCCCUGGCGGUGAGGGGUGCUCGAACCCUCACCUUUUGUAAUGUGUUGCACACUGUUGUCAAUAAACUGAAGUCUCCUGGCAGAGCAAAUCCUCCCUGCUCCCUGGGUCGUUCAGUACCGUGUGCUCCUUA